CUUUGAUCUGUCCUCUCUCUCCCAAUCCCGGACAAUGAAGUUCACGCACGUCCUCACGCAAGCCCUCGGACUUCUCUCCUUGGGAGGGGCAGUGGAGGGGUUCUCUCGUUCGAGAAACGAUGCCUGUGGCCCAUUGAAGCCCUAUCGCUCGCUGCCCACCAGCAAAUCAAGAGACAAAACCUGCCAUGUGCGCAGCCAUGGAAACGGGACUGACGAUUCGUCGUAUAUCCUGUCUGCGUUGAACCAGUGCAACCAUGGUGGAAAGGUCGUCUUCGACGCUGAUAAGGAGUAUAUUAUCGGGACGGCGUUGAAUCUGACGUUCUUGCAGAACAUUGAUCUGGAAAUCCUCGGAAAGAUCCUCUUCACCAACGACACCGACUACUGGCAGGCGAACGCCUUCAAGCAGGGCUUCCAGAACGCGACGACUUUCUUCCAGCUCGGAGGUGAGGACGUGAACAUGUACGGUGGCGGUACCCUGGACGGCAACGGCCAGGUCUGGUAUGAUCUGUAUGCGGAGGACGAUCUCAUUCUGCGCCCGGUCUUGAUCGGCGUGAUUGGGUUGAAGGGUGGCACGAUCGGGCCGCUGAAGCUGCGCUACUCGCCACAGUAUUAUCACUUCGUCGCAAACUCGUCGGAUGUGCUGUUCGACGGGAUUGAUAUCUCGGGGUAUAGCAAGAGUGAUAACGAGGCGAAGAAUACCGAUGGCUGGGAUACCUACCGGUCGACGAAUAUCGUGAUCCAGAACUCCGUGAUCAACAACGGCGAUGACUGCGUCUCCUUCAAGCCCAACAGCACCGAAAUCCUCGUCCAAAACCUCCAUUGCAACGGCUCCCACGGUAUCUCCGUCGGCUCUCUCGGCCAAUACGAAGGCGAAGUCGACAUCGUCGAGAACGUCUACGUCUACAACAUCUCCAUGUUCAAUGCAUCUGACAUGGCCCGCAUCAAGGUCUGGCCCGGCGGCCCCUCCGCCCUCGAACCCGACCUCCAAGGCGGCGGCGGCUCCGGCAGCGUGAAAAACGUCACGUACGAUACCGCGUUCAUCGACAACGUGGAAUGGGCUAUCGAGAUCACCCAGUGCUACGGGCAGGAUAACAUUACCCUGUGUAAUGAGAAUCCGAGCAACCUCACCAUCUCAGACAUCUACAUCAAGAAUUUCCGAGGAACGACCUCCACCACGGAAGAUCCGUUCGUCGGGACGAUCGUUUGUUCGAGUCCGGAUACCUGCUCGAAUAUCAACGUCUCCAACAUCAACGUCACCAGCCCGAUUGGCACGAACGAGUUCGUUUGCGAUAAUGUCGAUGAAACUCUUCUCAAGGUUAAUUGUACCGCGACAAGUCAGUGAUGUGACCUGCGACCUGCGACCAGACCCGGUUAUGUGUGGUGGGUAUACGCCAGCUGGAACAGGAAAAAUGGUAAUCGUGGACGAGAUAGAACAUCGACGAAGUGGAGGUGUGCGCGUGAGGACGGGAAGAGAUCUUGUAUAUAUUAGUACGGUAUUCAUUAUCUUCCGGUCGAGGUCUGAAGGGGAAUGGAAUGAACAUACUCAUGUU